UAAAAGAUUGUGCUGUUCUUGUAGGGUUGUAUACUUGUGAUUGACUAAUUUACAUAAUAACUUCUACGAAUUAAGAGGACCCCUGGAUUCGAAUCCUGGCUCCACCCCUAGACUCAUUGACUCUUUUCCUAUCGCCGUUGGAGCUUGAGUAUCUCCGUCAUAACUAUCUCUCCUCAUCUAUUUUCUUCUUCAGGAUUAGGUCUCGGUAAAAUAAUGAAGAUGCAAAGUGGGAAAAUGGUAAUCAAUAUUUAUGUGCAGAAUCCAAAAUUUUCAGCUUCUGCGAUUUGUUUUCCUCCGUGGCAUCUUCAUCUUCUCCGAAGGUUCUCUCUAUGGUCUAUGAAAAAAGACCCAGAUCUUGAAGCUUCCUUAACUAGAAACCGUCGAUGGAUUGUAAAUAACCAAAUUAAAAACAUAAUCUUGCAGUGUCCUGAUCAGGUGGCAUCGGUUAGUUUCCUCCAGAAGAAGUUCAAAAAUCUUGAUCUUCAAGGGAAAGCCCUCAAUUGGAUUAAGAAAUACCCAUGUUGCUUUGAAAUACACCUUGAAAAUGAUGAAUAUCAUUGUCGGUUGACCAAAAAGAUGCUCUGUCUGGUAGAAGAAGAAGAAUCCGUAAAGGAUAUGCAGGAAACAGUAUUUGUUGAGAGAUUAGCCAAGGUAUUGAUGAUGGUUUCUAAUCAUAGACUCAGUGUCUCAAAACUCAAUGAAUUGAAGAGAUAUUUAGGAUUACCGGAUGAUUAUUUGAUAAGAAUCAUACCGAAGCAUCUUGAUAUGUUUCGAGUCGUCAAUUAUAGUGGGAGGAAGAGUUCAAUGGAAAUUGAGCUCACCGCCUGGAAGCCAGACCUGGCAGUCUCUACCAUUGAAAGAAUAGCUCAAAAGCAGGGUUGCAAGCCAUCGUUCCCAUGUUCGUUGCCCCCAAGUUGGGUAAAAUCAUGGGAGAGAUUUCGUGAAUUCGAUUCAUAUCCUUACAUUUCCCCUUACGUGGAUCCCAGAGGUUUAGAAGAGGGGUCAAGGGAAUUAGAGAAGAGAACAAUUGGUUUAGUGCAUGAAUUCCUAUCUCUUACACUAUGGAAGAAGGCAUCAAUCAUCAAGCUAGGUCAUUUCAGGAGGGAAUUCUGUUUACCAGAAAAGUUAAAUGUUUUGCUGCUCAAGCAUCCUGGAAUCUUCUACGUUUCAAAUAAAUAUCAAAUUUAUACUGUUCUGCUUAGAGAAGGAUAUAGAGGGUCAGAACUGCUUGUCAAAGAUCCACUUGUGGUUGUAAAGGAGAAAUUUGGGGAACUGAUGCAGGAGGGACUUCAUGAGUAUAAUAGAAGGCACCAUAUGCUAAAUUUAGAAAAGCAGAGAAAGAAAGGCAUGAUAGCAAUGAAACAAGGGAAAAAAGACCCUGUCAAUGAUGAAGAUGGCACAGAAGAUGAUGAUCUUGGUGGUAUAUUUGAUCCCGAGGAAAGAAAACGCUUCUAUAAAGUUCUCUUCGAAGACAAGGCCCCAUGAUUUCUUUGUAGAGAUUCCGUUCCAAUUCUGCCAACCAAACAAGUGGUCAAACGUGACAUCAUUCCAUUCCAAUUUUAUUUGACAGAUUCCAUUCCAUCCAAAAACAUUAUGUGAACCAAACGUCACCUUAGGUUUGAAGGUAAACUCAUCCUUGCGAAGUUUACCACUAUGGUCAUCAAAAUGAAAACUAGGUAGUCGAAUCGUUUAAUGGAGGUUGAGUUUGUAUCUAAUAGGAAGAAGGGAGUUGGUUUAUAAUCAAAAUCUUUCUCAAGUUUCAUGCAUUGAUUCCAUAUUCAUCCAAAGAUAGAAAAAUUUCACCACUUUAGCUUCCAUUUGAUAUUCUCAUUUGUAAGCAUCCACAUAUC